GGGGGACACUUUUGUCGCGGCCACGCUGCUAGUCUCAUCGACAAACCGUGUCUUUUAGUCGCUAUUACAAGCAAGGAGAAACACCCUCCCACAUCGACCACCGUACUUAGUUCCGCCUGCAAACAACGCACUCAACUCAAUUUUCGUCCCUAAACAUCCAUCAUCAUGGCCGCACCAGGACCUCCUCCGGGAGCGCAACCCUUUUCGCGGCAACAGAUCGAACAGAUGAUAGCGAUGGAGGCUCAAAAGCGCGGCAUGACGAUCCCUCAGUUCCAAGCCUUUCAGCGUCAACAGAUCGAACAGGAAGCAGCAAAAGCCGGUAUGAGCCCGCAGGAAUUUGUUCAGAUGAAGCAGGCGGAGGCCAGACAACAGUUUAUGCAACAACAGCAAGCCCAGCAGCAGCAGCAGCAGCAGCAGCAACAAGGGCAGGGACAAGGUCAACCAGGACAGGGACAGCAGAGACCGCCGCCUGGUCAAGUACAACAGAUUCCUGUCAACUUGAAUGCCGGUGUCCAGCCCAAACCCGAGGCGUUGGCCGUUGCGAAAUUCCUACGAUCACGAGACUUGAAGACCAGGACGUGUAUCUUCAACGGCGAGCGAAAAGACAUGUUCAAAGUAAAACGAGCCUUCCGUGCCUUGAAUUCAGACGCAUACAAGAAAGCCCAGAAGAAGAAUUCUCUCCUACCCAAAGUCGAAAACGACCUUGAGGCUCGUUCUGCCCUCCAACUCCUUCCUCUAUCCAUGCUUGCCCUACGAGUGUCCAAGAAAGAUCCACACGAGGGACACGACCAUGCCAAACCCAAGAAAGAAAAGAGAGUCAAGGGGCUAUGGCACGUGAAGAUCGAACAACAACAAGACUUCGACCCCAUGAUGCACUACGUCUGGCUAUAUGAGGGCUCACAGUGGAAGACCAAGAUAUGGGCAGCUGUGGUGGUGCUCGCCGUGUUCACUCUUGUCCUCUUCCCUCUGUGGCCCAGAUUCAUGCGCCAGGGUGUGUGGUACCUCUCCUGGGGUGGCAUGGGCCUGAUCGGUUUAUUUUUCGCCAUGGCUAUUUUCCGACUGAUCCUCUUCCUCAUCACCUUUUUCCUCUUCCCUCCCGGCCUGUGGCUGUACCCGAAUCUGUUUGAAGACGUGGGAUUCUUUGACAGUUUCAAGCCACUCUGGGGAUGGCAUGAAACCAAGGAGGACGUCAAGAGAAAGAAGCAGGAGAAGAAGGCUAAGAAGGCGCAAAAGCUGCUCGCACCGUCUGAUGAAAAGGGAGCGCCAGCAGCCAUAUCAUCAGAAACAACUGUGCCAGCAAACGGGUCUGCGACCAGCACAGGUAUGGAUCCCGGCGCCACGUCCGCACUGGCCAAACGACACGCUCCUCCGACAGUCGAGCAAGUCGACGAUGAUUGAUGUCUGGGCAUCUCUUGCGGCGUCCGAGUGGGUAGCAUCUGCAUGUGACGGCGCUCUGGGUAUCACG